CACGUAUUUCAUUUAAAUUGCGCUUAAUUUUUUCUGCCAAACUUGUAUAUAAGCCCGAAUUGUUUCCGUGGUGUGGUAUUAGCUAGCAACAUGUUGCUUGUGCCGAUUGUUGUCAUCUUCUUGGCCUCUUUGGCCAGUGGUACCACCACAACAUGCAGAACAGACUGCGAGAAUGGUAUUUUCAAACCAACCGAAGAAUUGAUGAAGAGUCGUGCUGAAGAUUCCCUUGCGAUCCGUGAUGCCACCUACGAUUUAUCUUGCGUCUUGAAUAAACAACUCGGUGAAUCAUCACUGUGUGACACCGAAAAAACCAACGUGAAGAAAUGCGUCGAAUCCAGAAUGGCUGAAUGCGCCGAAAUGUGCGACGCUGAUAGAGUAAAAUUGGAAAGUUUGUUGAAAGAGAUUGAAGGUGAUAUUGCCAAAUUCAAUUCAACUAAAGGAUGCGGCGAGUUGACUAAAUUCUAUAGUAAUAAUUUCAUCUACAAUUUCUGUGUGUCGAGUUCAUAUGGAUCAUGCAAAGUAGACAAGAAGAAAGAUAGGAAAAAUGAUUCGGAUAGUGAUAAACGUCCUGGAAAGCAUGUUGGUGGUGGUGGAAGGGGAAAGGAUAACAGUCGCAGACGAGAUGAUCGCGAUGAUCACGACCAUGGUUUGGUGAACAUUAAGGUUUUGAGAAUAACUGAUGUGUUGGGACAUAAGCGAAAUGGUAAAAAUGAUAAAUCAAGUGAUAGUAGAAGCAAAGGUAAGGGUGACAGGAAUAAAGAUAAAAGGAGAAGAGAUGAAAGGUCAGCAAGUGAUCAUAAAGAUAAGAAAUUUAAAUCUGAUAAAACAAGUUCAUGCUUCAAGACUUACCACGAAACUAAUUUGGCUAUCGACAUCCAUGUUAACUUCUGCAGGGCUCUCGACUCUCAACUUAUCUAUAACGAAUGCAUCGGUUCUCUAACGUGUACUAGAGCUCCCACAGAUGCAAAGGAAAUUUGCGCUGAUUAUGAUAAACACGUGCAAGCAUUGAUUGAGCUCUUUUCUAAGUAUCAGAGCGACUCAAUUGCUUGUAUUAAAAAGCUUGAAGCAGAGAUUAAUACAUGUGCUCAUGAUGACACUGCACUAUUGAAACUUUGCAAAUAAUAUGAGAAGAUAAUAAAUAAACUAGUUUGAUUUGAA